CAGAUGCAUGAGGAGGUUAUGUUGUGACAUGUGAAAAGUCGAAAACAAAAUUCUGCACGAAAAAAUUAAAUAUUAAAAGUAUUUGUGUGUUGUGCAUGGAUAAAUAUUCACAGUUUACUGCUUAAUAAUGCCUGGUCCAGAUUUACUUUCCAGUCAGGGCCUGAGGUUAGAUGGUCGAAGACCGGAUGAAUUACGCCGAAUAAGAUGUAAACUUGGUGUUUUUACACAACCAGAUGGAAGUGCUUAUUUAGAACAAGGUAACACGAAAGUAUUAGCUGCUGUCUACGGUCCACAUCAGGCUGCAAAAUCAAAAAUGUCGACAGAAGGUGUUGUAGUUAACUGCCAAUACAGCAUGGCUACAUUUUCCACUGGUGAAAGAAAAAAUAGACCUAGAGGUGAUCGUAAAUCACAAGAAAUGUCUCUGCAUUUGAGACAAGCAUUAUCUGCAGCCAUCAAAACAGAAUUAUAUCCACGAUCACAAAUUGACAUCUAUGUUGAAGUUUUACAGGCAGACGGUGGCGCGUACUGCGCAUGCGUGAACGCAGCGACCCUAGCGCUCAUAGACGCGGGUGUUCCCCUCCGUGCGUACGCGUGUGCAUGUACUUCAUCUGUGGCGUGGCAUGGCAGUAAACCUGAAGCGUUGUUGGAUGUAGGACAUGUUGAAGAAGCCGCUGGGGGCAUUUGUUUGACGGUGGCUGCUUUGCCUAAUACAGGCAGCAUAGCAUUACUUGAAAUGUCGCACAGACUGCACAUGGAUUACUUUGAAGUAGUUUUAAGUAGAGCUAUGCAAGGCUGCAGAGAUAUUGAGGUAAUUCUCGACAAAGCUGUUAGAGAACACUUAGCAGAAGGCUGGACGAAGCAAGAUGUUGUUACCAUAUGAAAUAAAUUAUUGCUCUUUCUCA